AUGAAUCCAUCAAAUCAUUCCCAGGUGACGGCAUUUGUUCUACUGGGGCUUUCUCAGGUAUGGGAGCUUAGGUUCUUCUUCUUCAUUUUCUUCGCAGCUGUGUAUUUUAUGACUGUCACUGGAAAUCUCCUCAUUGUGGCCAUAGUGACCUCUGAUCCACGCCUGCACACAACCAUGUAUUUUCUCUUAGGCAAUCUUUCUUUCUUGGACUUUUGCUACUCCUCUAUCACAGCACCCAGGAUGCUGGUCGACUUGCUCUCAGAAAACCCCACCAUUUCCUUCUCUGCCUGCCUGACUCAGCUUUUCUUCUUCCACUUCAUCGGAGGCAUCAAGAUCUUCCUGCUGACUGUCAUGGCAUAUGACCGCUAUGUGGCCAUUUCCCAGCCCCUGCGCUACAUGCUCAUUAUGAACCAGACGGUGUGUGGGCUCUUCAUGGCAGCCUCCUGGGUGGGGGGCUUCAUCCACUCCAUUGUACAGGUUGCACUGACUAUCCAGCUGCCCUUCUGUGGGCCUGACAAGCUGGACAACUUUUAUUGUGAUGUGCCUCAGCUGAUCAAAUUGGCCUGCACUGACACCUUUGUCUUAGAGCUUCUGAUGGUGUCUAACAAUGGUUUGGUCACCCUAAUGUGUUUUUUGGUGCUGCUGGGAUCCUACACAGCAUUGCUAGUGAUGCUCCGAAGCCACUCUCGGGAGGAUCGCAGCAAGGCUCUGUCUACCUGUGCCUCUCACAUUGCUGUGGUGACCUUGAUCUUUGUGCCUUGCAUCUAUAUCUAUGCAAGGCCUUUUCGGACAUUCCCCAUGGACAAAGCAGUCUCUGUGCUGUACACAAUGGUCACUCCUAUGUUGAACCCUGCCAUUUAUACCCUGAGAAACAAAGAAGUGAUUAUGGCCAUGAAGAAACUGUGGAAGAGGCAGAAGAAUUUUAUUGGUCCCCCAGAGCAUUGA